GGUUUCCGCCCAGCCAGCCUGCUCAGGCCCCCGGGCUCUCACUGGCCCUGGUCACACCCCUUCCUCAGCUCCUCCAGAAGGGGCGGGGAGAGGGCCCAGCCUUCCUCUCCUGGGCCAGCCUCUCAAGUGAGCAGCCCAGGGCUGAUAAGAGCUCCGCGGCUGUCUCGUCACACACCAGCCUGGGCCCACAGAGCCGCCAGCACCAUGAAGGAUGAGGUGGCCCUUCUGGCCACUGUCACUCUCCUGGGAGUCCUGCUGCAAGGUGAUCUCGGCGCGCAGAGCCUUCCGCGUGCCGCCGCCGCUUACCACCGGGCCGCCGGAGUUCCAGCGCGUCUACCGAGCCCAAGUGAACUGCAGCGAGUACUUCCCACUGUUCCUCGCCACGCUCUGGGUCGCCGGCAUCUUCUUCCACGAAGGUCUGGGCUCGGGGCAGACGCGCACACACCCCGGGGCCCCGGGCCGCGCGCCAGCCGGCUCACGUGGCCGCGCCCGGCCUCUCGCAGGCACGGCGGCCCUGUGCGGGUUGGUCUACCUUUUCGCGCGCCUCCGCUACUUCCAGGGCUACGCGCGCUCGGCGCAGCAAAGAUUGACGCCGCUGUACGCGAGCGCGCGCGCGCUCUGGCUGCUGGUGGCGCUGGCGGCGCUCGGGCUGCUCGUCCACUUUCUCCCCCGCGCGCUGCGCGCCGCGCUCCUCGGACGGCUCGGGACGCUGCUGCCCGGGGCCUGAGACGGAGGACGCCGGGUCGGAGGAACCGGAGAAGAGCCGGAGCUUCCAAGAGGACAGGGGAGGGGUGCUCGUCCUAUCCCAGUCCCCUAUUAAAGUGCCGGUGACCGAACCCCGUGCGCACUGUCUGGGUCGGAGGGACCGCGCAGCCCUGGGCCGCGGCGGCUGGUGGGCUUCCCGGCAAGGGGCUUCCCGGGGGCGGGGCUGCGGGAGAGGGGCCUCUCGGGCCGGGGGACACGCGCCCGGCCCGCCGCCGCGCUUUCCGCGGGGGCUCGCCCCGUGGCCCCUCCCUGCGCCCAGCGGCUCGUCGCCUGUCCCCACCUCUGAGGCCUGCCUCCUCACUGUCUUCCAGCUGCCCCUUCCUCGUCCCCUGUCUUUCACAGCUGGCAUCAGGGACGUUUUUGGGUCAGCGCUCGGUGCCUGGCGUUCGGCCCGGUGUAAUGUUCCGUGGGGGUAACGACCAGUGCCGUCAGUGUAGUCGGGACAGGCACUCUUGGGGAAGCGUCUGGCUGCCUUGGGGGCCCAGACACGGGCAAGGCCUGCUGGCUGGACAGAGCGUCCCAGAGGAGGGGAUUUUUUUAGCCAAGUCGGCAGAGGAGAGGAGCUUUCCAGGCAGGGCAGCCACUCUCGCACAGGUCCCAGGGUGGGCGGGAAGCCCUAAAAUGUGUCAGAGCCCCUCGGGGCGCCGCAGAGGGUUGGCGACCUCCGAUGAGGGCAGGGCCUGGACUCACAAAGUAGGAGGUUGGGGAUGCCUUGGGUGUGGGAGGCAAAGGCUGGAGCAGGCAGUUGGGGCGCGGUGAUAGGAGCUGGGGGGUGUGCUUGGGGCAGGCGGUCCUCAGUAAGCAGAGGCAGCUUUGGGUGCCCCGCCUCAGAUUCCACACCACCUGCACCUGCGAGUCACCCACCCGGCGGCCUGGGCCUUCUGGUAAAUGAGGGCAAGGU